AUGCUCUCACUCAAGUCCUCUGUUGUCCUGCUCCUUGCCCUCGCCGGAGCUGCCUCGGCUGCUCCCAAGCGCAAGAACACCGUCCCCAACAAGCCCGUCGUUGCUCCCACCAAGCCUGCCAUUCGCCAGAAGGGUAUCCACUACAAGGACGGCAUCUUCCCUGCCCCCAAGGUCGAGGAGAUUGCCGCUGCCUCGUCCAACGGCCUGACCUACUACGGCGGCCCGGUCAUCGCCAACAUCGACGUCCACCCUAUCUACUACGGCGGCAACGUCAACUACCAGAGCCAGAUGGAUACCUUCUACAGCGCUAUCGUUGGUUCUCCCUACAUCAGCUGGCUCUCCGAGUACAACACCCCCACCCAGAACAUCGGCACCGGUACCUUCUCGGGCUCGAUCACCCAGAACUCCGGCCUCAGCACCUCCACCAGCGAUGAUUCCAUCCAGACCUGGCUCCGCGGCCUUGUCAAGAGCGGCACCCUCAAGCCCACUGCCAACACCUACUACCCCAUCCACUUUGCCCCUGGAUACACCAUCACCAUGGGCGGCGAUGCCUCUUGCUCCACUUUCUGCGCCUACCACAGCACCAUCGAUGUCUCCGACAUCAGCUCGACCAAGUACCUCUACUACGGCAUCAUGCCCGACCAGGGUGGUUCCUGCGCUGGCGGCUGUGGCAGCGAUCCCUCGGCCCUCAACAACCUCCAGUCCGUCUCGUCCCACGAGCUCGUCGAGGCUCUGACUGAUGCUGCUGUCGGUGUCGCUACUGGCAGCACCGUCGCUGCACCCAUUGCCUGGUACAACUCGGCCAACGGCGAGAUCGGUGAUCUCUGCAAUGCCCAGCAGGCCACCGUCUACGGCACCGACGGCAAGACCUACUAUGUUCAGAAGCAGUGGUCCAACUCCCACAACGGCUGCUAUGCGCCCACCGGUGUCCAGCCCUCCAAGACUACCGGCGGUCCCUCCAAGACCACAACGACCACGACCACCACCACGGCCAAAACUACCACCAAGUCCACCAAGACCAAGACCACAACGACUACCACGACCACCGUUGCUCCCACCCCCACUGGCCUGCCCCACGAAGGCGGUGCUUGCGGUGACGAAGAUACCUACGCUUGCGGAGACCAGAACGAUAUUCUCUACUGUCUGGGAACUUGGUUCCAGCUCGAGGUUUGCUCCAGCGGCACCAGCUGCAUUGAGGGCGACUACUAUUACUGUGGUUGAGGGAGUCACCAUCCUUUCAUCCAACAUGACUGAGGUUCCUCAGAUGUGGGUCUCAUAUGGUGUGUUUCAGAUCAAAUUCUAUGAGUGAUCGUUGCGAGGGGAAUAUAGUAUCACGAUUCAGUCUGUCGCUGCUA